AUGGUUCCAGGAGUUUCCGUUGAUAUGCUCGUCGUGGUCGUUCCUGGAUUCCCCGUUGAGGUGCUCGUCGAGGUCGUUACAGGGGUCUCAGUUGAUGUGGUCGUCGUGGUCGUUCCUGGAUUCCCCGUUGAGAUGCUCGUCGUGGUCGUUCCUGGAUUCCCCGUUGAGAUGCUCGUCGUGGUCGUUCCUGGAUUCCCCGUUGAGAUGCUCGUCGUGGUCGUUCCUGGAUUCCCCGUUGAGAUGCUCGUCGUGGUCGUCCCUGGAUUCCCCGUUGAGAUGCUCGUCGUGGUCGUCCCUGGAUUCCCCGUUGAGAUGCUCGUCGUGGUCGUUCCUGGAUUCCCCGUUGAUAUGCUCGUCGUGGUCGUUUCUGGAUUCCCCGUAGAGAUGCUCGUCGUGGUCGUACCUGGAUUCCCCGUUGAGUUGCUCGUCGUGGUCGUUCCAGGGUCAGUUGAUUGUUGA